AGACAUCAUGCCACUGCACUCUAACCUGGGAGAUAGCAAGACUCUGUCUCAAAAAAAAAAAAAAAAAAAUUGGGACCCAAAAAAGCUGAUUGAAAAGUCUGUUUGUAGGGGUUGAUGGGGAUUAAUAAUGUGGGUUUCAGUCUACUGUGAUCUGGCUGGGCUGUUACACUGGGAAAUCCAUGAUACUGAUAUUUUAUAUGUUUAUCUUUUACAUAGGUAAGAUUCCCUUGAGAAGGCUUGCACAUUCUCUUACUCAAGGAUGUAAGCCAGGCAGUCAGCUUUCUGGGAGUAGAGUAGGGAAAGAAGUUUUAACAGGCUCAACCUUCAGUGGAUAAAACUGAAACCCUCCGUUUUCAGUAAGGUGCCCAAGCUUUUAACUGUGCCUGAUGGUCUUCAGUUCACAUACUACGCAUUUACCCACUUAAAUCUUAUACGAGCUUUGGGGAGGGACAGUUCCUUGGUUACACAGAAAGGGAAGGGAUACAGGGAUCUAUUUGCUUUUUAUGUAGCCUUUAAACCUACCCCUUUUAGCCGCAUUUUUACCUCCAUCUUCAGUUACCUGGUGUCACCAGUUCAACUUGAGCUUUUUGAGAGAUCUGUGAUGUUAAUUCUGCUUUCCAUUGCUAGCUUUGGGAUUGAUCUUCAUUACCUUUCAUCUAAAGGCUUUCUACUUUCCAAAAUGUGACUCAUACUCUGUUCUUAUGGGUUCUUUUAAAUAUUGGUAUCCUUUACUAUUAAAAUAUUUUAGUAAGCUUUCAGAAGAGAAUAGAGGCUAUUUCCAUGUAUUCUGUCUUUCACUGGUAUUCUGCCGGAGUCUGUAUAUCUUAUUUUUUUCAGGCUAAAAAGACUCCCAUCAGACACACAGGAAAUCUGCAGGUCUUCCUUUUCUUCAUACUCUUUGUUUUCAGCACACAGUGAGGAAACAAGAGAAAAUGGGAUAAAUGAUCUAAAAACUUGCUUUUAUUUUUAUACCAGGCCCUGUGGCUCACUUUUGUAAUCCCAGCGACUUGGGAUGCUGAGGUAGGAGGAUCACUUGAGCCCAGGAGUUCCAGGCUGCAGUGAGCUAAGACUGCCCAGUUGCACUCCAGACUGGGUGACAGAGCAACACACCCUGUCUCCAAAAACAACAAACUGUAAAAAGAUUACAUAAAGCCUAAUCUGUGAUGUCAUGAUUCAAAACUAUACACAUAAGCAUUUUGAGAGCUUUUUCCUUGAUUUUUUUCCUGAUUUUGCUUCUUUAAAAGAAAUGUGUGUUUUUGUUGUUGGUUGUUUGUUUAGAGGGAGUCUUGCUCUGUCGCCCAGGCUGGGGUGCAGUGGCGCAGUCUCGGCUCACUGCAGCCUCAGCCUCCUGGGUAGCUGGGAUUAUAGGCAUUCGCCAUCACGCCCGGCUAAUUUUUGUAUUUUUAGUAGAGAUGGGGGUUUCAUCAUGUUGGUCAGACUGGUUUUGAACUGCUGACCUCAGGUGAUCCACCCGCCUCAGCUUCCCAAAGUGUUGGGAUUAUAGGCAUGAGCCACGGGGCCCAGCCUUGAGUAACAUUUUAUACUUGUUUUACUUUGUUACUAUUAUCAUAAUAGCUAGUUAUGCUUAGUGUUUAUAUGCGGCCCAGUCUUAAGGACUAAGAAAAAAAAUAUAUAUAAAAUAAACAUAAAAAUAUAUAUAUAUACGGAAUUAUGCUGUUGCCCAGGUUGGAGUGCAGUAGUGCUAUCAUAGCUCACUAACCUCUAACUCCUGGACUCAAACGAUUGCUCUGCCUAGGCCUCCCAAGUAGCUAGGGCUACAGGGACACACCACCAAGCCCAACUAAUUCCUAAAAUUUAUUUGUAGAGAUGGGGUCUCCCUAUGUUCCCCAGGCUGGUCCUGAACUCCUGGCCUCAAGCCAUUCUCCUGCCUCGCCUUCCCAAAGUGCUGGAAUUAUAGGCAGGAGCCACUGCGCCCGGCCAGUGCUGGAGAAUGUAAUGGAGAUGAUCCUGCCUAUCCUUGAGUUCCAGUCUAGUUUACUGUCAGAGAAUACUUAUUUCAAUUUUUCCUAUUUUGUUCUCGAGUCUCUUUCCUCAGAUUUACUUUUCUAUUUAAAUGACGUUCGCGGCUUUUAAAUUUGCAUUGUAAAAUUUAUUUUGGCUCUCCCCGCCUGUUUUUUGCACAUUAAAAAUGAAAACUUUUGUAGAACUAAGGUAAGCAGAUGGUCUUCCUGCAAAAAGAUUGGGCUGAACUAAAGCAUUGCUUUGGAGCUGGUUCACAGAAAAAAGGCAAAACUGGUUAUCCCGACUUCAAGCUCCAAAAUAAACUGCUUUCUUUCUCCGGGAAGUUUCCCCCGCCACACACACUUGACUGCGUGGCCAGUCCUUUCGAUGCCUCUCGCUCCCAACACCGAGUUCCUCUCAUUUCUUCACAGUCAGCUCUCAGCUGCUGCUGCUAGUUUCUCGGCUCCAGCACCACGGGUACAGCACUCUGAAGUUCACAAAGCACUCUGCAGCACUGACUGUGAUCCUCACAGUCCUGUCCGGUGGCCUCCCGCAGGUGGUACUGCAGCUUUUCAGGCCCAGAGUGGCCAGGAGCUAAGCCCGCAGACCGGCCUGGAAGCGCAGCGCGGACAGUCGCGCGACCCCGCGGCAUGGAGGCCUGGGCUUCACCCAGAGGCGCUCGAGCACCGCCCAGCCGAGCCUCACGCCGGAUGCCACUUCAUAUUUGGGCCCAGAGCUCAAUUCGCACCGAUGCGGUCCGCCGUCCUUAAACCUAUUCAGCCAGAAUCUCUCCCCGACUGUAAGGCAACUCUGGGCGGGAGCGGCAACCUCUCGGCGUCAGUCUUUUGGAGCCGCCGACAUUCAGAGAGGCAACACCCGGGAACGCGCGCUGUCUUGCUUUACGGCACGGGUGCGCGAGUUUGCGGCAGCGUGACGCCAGCAAGUUUUGGCGGGAAAAGCGCUGCAUUUGGAUUCCUGCAGUGGUGGGCAAAGGACAGUCCGCCGAGCUCCGGUGGAGUCAUGGCAGUGCCCUUUGUGGAAGACUGGGACUUGGUGCAAACCCUGGGAGAAGGUGCCUAUGGAGAAGUUCAACUUGCUGUGAAUAGAGUAACUGAAGAAGCAGUCGCAGUGAAGAUUGUAGAUAUGAAGCGUGCCGUAGACUGUCCAGAAAAUAUUAAGAAAGAGAUCUGUAUCAAUAAAAUGCUAAAUCAUGAAAAUGUAGUAAAAUUCUAUGGUCACAGGAGAGAAGGCAAUAUCCAAUAUUUAUUUCUGGAGUACUGUAGUGGAGGAGAGCUUUUUGACAGAAUAGAGCCAGACAUAGGCAUGCCUGAACAAGAUGCUCAGAGGUUCUUCCAUCAACUCAUGGCAGGAGUGGUUUAUCUGCAUGGUAUUGGAAUAACUCACAGGGAUAUUAAACCAGAAAAUCUUCUGUUGGAUGAAAGGGAUAACCUCAAAAUCUCAGACUUUGGCUUGGCAACAGUAUUUCGGUAUAAUAAUCGUGAGCGUUUGUUGAACAAGAUGUGUGGUACUUUACCAUAUGUUGCUCCAGAACUUCUGAAGAGAAGAGAAUUUCAUGCAGAACCGGUUGAUGUUUGGUCUUGUGGAAUAGUACUUACUGCAAUGCUCGCUGGAGAAUUGCCAUGGGACCAACCCAGUGACAGCUGUCAGGAAUAUUCUGACUGGAAAGAAAAAAAAACAUACCUCAACCCUUGGAAAAAAAUCGAUUCUGCUCCUCUAGCUCUGCUGCAUAAAAUCCUAGUUGAGAAUCCAUCAGCAAGAAUUACCAUUCCAGACAUCAAAAAAGAUAGAUGGUACAACAAACCCCUCAAGAAAGGGGCAAAAAGGCCCCGAGUCACUUCAGGUGGUGUGUCAGAGUCUCCCAGUGGAUUCUCUAAGCACAUUCAAUCCAAUUUGGACUUCUCUCCAGUAAACAGUGCUUCUAGUGAAGAAAAUGUGAAGUACUCCAGUUCUCAGCCAGAACCACGCACAGGUCUUUCCUUAUGGGAUACCAGUCCCUCAUACAUUGAUAAAUUGGUACAAGGGAUCAGCUUUUCCCAGCCCACAUGUCCUGAUCAUAUGCUUCUGAAUAGUCAGUUACUUGGAACCCCAGGAUCCUCACAGAACCCCUGGCAGCGGUUGGUCAAAAGAAUGACACGAUUCUUUACCAAAUUGGAUGCAGACAAAUCUUAUCAAUGCCUGAAAGAGACUUGUGAGAAGUUGGGCUAUCAAUGGAAGAAGAGUUGUAUGAAUCAGGUUACUGUAUCAACAACUGAUAGGAGAAAUAAUAAACUCAUUUUCAAAGUGAAUUUGUUAGAAAUGGAUGAGAAAAUAUUGGUUGACUUCCGGCUUUCUAAGGGUGAUGGAUUGGAGUUCAAGAGACACUUCCUGAAGAUUAAAGGGAAGCUGAUUGAUAUUGUGAGCAGCCAGAAGGUUUGGCUUCCUGCCACAUGAUGGGACCAUUGGCUCUGGGGAAUCCUGGUGAAUAUAGUGCUGCUAUGUUGACAUUAUUCUUCCUAGAGAAGAUUAUCCUAUUCUGCAAACUGCAAACAGUAGUUCCUGAGUGUUCACUUCCCUCUUUAGCCAAACAUCUUCCAAUUUAUUUUGUUUGUUCUGCAUACAAAUAAUACCUAUAUCUUAAUUGUAAGCGCAACUUUGGGGAAAGGAUGAAUAGAAUUCAUUUGAUUAUUCAUGUGUGUUUAGUAUCUGAAUUUGAAACUCAUCUUGUGGAAACCAAGUUUCAGGGGACAUGAGUUUUCCAGCUUUUGUACACACAUAUCCCAUUUUUAUCAAAACAUUUUGUUUAAUCCAAAAAGUACAUAUUUCUUCCAUGUUGAUUUAAUUAUAAGAUGAACCAAUAAAGACAUAAUUCUUGUGACUUUUGGACAGAUUUAUCAGUCUGUGAAGCGAAGCCAGCUUCAAAACAUAUCCCCAAGAUUUGUACUUAUAUUUUCAAAAGGGCCUGGCCAGUUAUAUAAACCUGUUUUUGAAUUAUAAUGAUUAAUUAAAAUUGCAAGUAGGCAUUAUUUCCAGUGUAGUUAGUAAAAUAAAUAUUCGGCCUUUCAAGGAGAAGUUGAGCAUAAACUCUAGUGUUUAACCUUACUCUAAAAAUUAUUGUUGAACAUCUUAAAUAUUUUUCUAUAUUUUCUACUUUCAUAGCCAUAUUUUAGCUAACCUUCUGAACUUACUAGUGACCAAGCUUUUAGGUGAUAAAGAAUAAAAGAGGGAAGGGAAGAGUAAGGAAGCUGUAAGAAAAAUAGUUCUGAUUCUUUGUUCCUUUACCUAUUAGACUUACAAAAACUUUGUUUUUCUAAUAAAAUCUGUAUUAACUUUGGAGUAUAUUAGGUUGAAGCCUUGGCCCGUGCCUGUAGUCCCAGCUACUUAGGAGGUUGAGAGAGGAGGAUCACAUGAGCCUAGAAAUUUGAGGCUGUAGUGAGCUAUGAUUGCACCACUGCACUCCAGCUUGGAUGAAUAAACAUUUUUAAAAUUAUAAAACAUUAUAAACUUAAUCAGUUAUUUUAAUCUGAAGCCAAGAACAUGUAGAAUGUUAUGAUUAGAGUUUAUCACAUAUUAAUCUAUACUGGCAAAUUGUGUUACUGGAGUAUACCCAUAGGAGGAAUAAAUUUGAACCUGUUUUAUUUAUUUGAACUAUUUAGGGUAUGCCUAAGAACUGAGUCAGUAUAAAUUCUCAAAUAUGGGAGAAGUUUUGUUCUUGAGAAUUAUCUGAGUCAGUAUCUUUCAAAAACAGUUCAAGUCACUGACUUGAACCUCUUCUGUGAACUCUAGCCUUUUACUUACUUUACAUUUCCACUUGAAUGUCUAGUAGGCAUCUCAUGACCAAAAACAGUUUUUGAUUCCUGUUCUCCAACCUGUUCCUCUCGUAGUUUUCUCCUUCUCAGAAAUGUUACUUCAGUUCCUCAGUUCCUUAAACCAAAACCCUAGGUCAUCCUUCAUUUUUUCCCCCCAUUUUCUACAUUCAAUCCAGCAGAAUCUAUUCAAUUUAACAAAUACAUUCAAAAUAUGUCCCACUUCACACCUCUGCUAGUACCACUCCAGUUGAAGGCACUGUCAUCGCUCUGUUUAUAUUACUUAUCCCUCAGCAGUUUAUAUUCCAGAAAAGCAGAAUGGUCCUUUUAAAAUGUCAAUCAGAUAUCCCUUGUCCUGUUCUCAAUUCACAUGGCUUUUUAUCACACUUAAAAUAAAAUUCAAAACUCGGUGUAUAAGCUAUACGGCUUUGUGUGAUCUGUCUCAGUGUAUAAGCUAUAUGGCUUUAUGUGAUCUGUUGCGGUGUAUAAGCUAUACAGCUUUAUGUGAUCUGUCUCCUGGCCACUAUUUUGGCUUCAUGUGCCACUCCACUCCUUGUUCAUUCUGCUCUAGCCACAUUGGCUUUGCUCUUCUCACAAGAAAAUAAGCACAUUCCUUCCUUAGGGUCUUUUCACUUGCAGUUCCCUGUACCUAUAGUACUUUACUUCCAAAUAUUUGUGUGGCUUGUGCUUCACUUUAGGUAUCUGCUUAAAUGUCACUUCCUCUGCAAAGUCUUUCCCUGACUUAUCUAAAAUAACAACCUCCUCUGUCUCUCCUUUUCCUUUAGUUUUUCAUCAUAAUACUUCUUACCUGACAUAGGAUAUUUUUGUUUAUUAAAUUUCUGCUUCUCCCAUUGGAAUAUGUAAUAUAUAAGCUCCUAAUAUAUAAACUCCUUGAGAUCAGGGACCCUUCCCUUCCUAUUCAGUUCCGUAUACCCAGCACCUAGAAAUGUGCCUGAUAAUAUUACAGUAUAGAUUAAAUAGCUGUUCAACAAAGAAAUCAGCACUCAGUUGAUCUGAUCUAUCCUCAGCAUAUAUCUGGAAGCUGUCUAUGUCUGUUUUCAUUGUUGGCCACUCCUGUUUAAUCUCCUUAAUCGCCUCCCUGGAUUUCUGUGAUAAAAACUAGUCUUUACCCUUUCACUUUUGCCAUUGCCAACUCCCUUCUUCUGAAGGAAUCUUUUCUUUAUAUAACCCCUAAAAUUUUUUUUUAAUAUAAAUUUUCCUGUGGCCCUCUUUUUCUUAAAAACUUAAAAUAGCUUCUUAUUGCAUCUAGGCUAGAAUCUAAACUUUCUGCUAUGACUUAACCUGGCCCUCCAUAAUUCACCCUCUGUCCUUUUUGCACAUAGGAUUCGAGGUAGAGUUGCCUGCCUUCUGUCUGCUAAGGCACAUUUCCCUCCAGGGCCUUGAUGCUUAGUGGUCCCUGUGCAUGGAACCCAUUUCAGUAGUUUGCACGGCUGACUGAGCAUUCACAUCUCAGCCCCAGUGUUUCUACAACUGAGUCAUUGUCACUUUAUUCUAUUUUCUUCAUAGAAUUGAUCACUGUCUGAAAUUAUUAAUUGCCUGCCUCCCCAACCAAAAUGUAAGCUUAGAUUUUGCUAUUCCUUUUCAUCCUUGUAUAACUUAUAUAAAAACAGAACCUGGAAUAUAAUAGGUACUAGAGAAAUAUUUGUUGACUGAAUGAUUGAAUGUUGAAUAAAUGAAUAAAUUAAUUGACCAUCCCAUGAGGAAGAUGCCACAGAAUAUUGUAAGGGGAAGAUGAAUAGAUGGAUAGUAAACUGUUUGCAUGGGGAAUUUGUAUAGAAUGGUGGGAAAAUUUCAAGUUUCAGAUUUGGAUUAGCUCUGACAUUUAUCUGAACACUGGCAAUUGCCUCAGUAAAGAGACUGAUAACAAGUACCUUUUAGAGUUAAUCUUUAAUGCUUUAAUGUGUACGAAGAGUAUAGUGUCCUGUUUUACACAGAAAGGCAUUCUGUAAAUAUAAGUUGCCUUAAUUUUCCUGUAAUGUUCAUUAUAUUGUUGUGGGAAGGUAUUUACUCCUAUUAUUAAAAAUAAAAAUGGGUAGAAUUUACUACCUGAA